CUCCACCUUUUUGCUCUAGUUAAAAUAACCUGUAACGGUGGCUCUCGGUGGUGCCGUCGCCCGCUGAGCUACUCAGGCACCUCUGCGUCACCAUCCAUUCUUUAAUCUCCGGCGAAUUUCAAUCUGUAGAUAGAAAUGGAACAAGAAGAAGAAAGAAAAGAAUUGCUCGACGAUUGCUGGGAGAUGAUCUUUGAUCGUCUCCAGUAUAAAAGUGACAAAGAAGCAAUCACUUUAGUCUGCAAGAGAUUCCUGUCAAUCACCAAUUCCUUACGAGUUAGCAUAAAGCUCUCAGAUUAUACACCAAUCUCAAUCCUUCCUAGGCUGCUGCAACGAUUUUCAAACCUUAAGAAGAUACAGUUCUGUAACUUCAGAGGAGACAUGAAUUAAGCUGUUGUUGCGAUUGCACGAUCCGGGUUGGACUUGGAAGAGUUGUUGGCUUUGUCUGAUAUUCACAUUCAACGAGUAAUUUGGUUAAAGGAGCUGGGUUCAGACAUAAUGAAUCUCGAUCUGGAAUCAUUCAAGCAACAAGCAGUUUGGUUAGAGGAGCUGGGUUCAAACAUGAGCAAUAUGAAAGUACUCAAGUUUAAUGGUGGACGGGGAGAUGCUGAUCUUAUCAGAGUAGCAGACUCAUUUCCUAAGCUCGAAGAAUUGUAUAUCGAGCAUGAAGGAGAAAGUAAUAUUGUUGUGACCGAUGAAGGGAUGGAUUAUAUGUCAUCCAAGCUCAAGAGAUUACGCAAGAUAGACCUUUCGAACAAAACACAUAUUUCAGAUAAGUCCCUUGUUUCUCUGUCAAAAAACUGUCCAUUACUCGAGCAAAUUGAAAUUAAUGAUUGUAAUUCUGUGACAGAAGAAGGAAUUUCAUUCCUUGUUAACAACAGCCAUCAUUUGAACAUGUUAUACAUAUGUAAAUAUUUUAAGAUUGAUUCAUUUGGAGUUAAAGGCUCUACUAAUCAUUUUCCAACAAACUUGCAAUCUCUAAAGCUCCAAAAUGUAGACAUAUCAGAUGAAUUUCUUGUUUCCAUAAUAGAAGCACGAAUUCAUCUUACCGACUUGGAUCUAACAGAUUGUGAAGGUUAUACAUUUACGGGGAUCUCAAGGCUCCUACUGCACACUUCUCAAACUCUGAAAUCUUUAGAGUUGGGGGGGUUCAGGGAAUUAGAAUUCCUCACAAAUGAGCACAUAGAGUACUUGUUGUCUUUUCUCCAAAACUUGACAUCAAUCACGCUCUUUAAUUGUUCCAAGCUAUCUGAUUCAGCUUUUGUUAUAAUCACACAAAAAUGCCCUCUUCUAUGCCAUUUUUCGAUGACUGGUUCAAGCCUGGGAAAAGAAGAAUACAAUUAUGAUGGCCUAAUGAAGAAAAAUCGUGCAAUAAAGUACUUGGACCUAUCAUCUCAUCAUGACUUUAGCCCUACAGUUCUGAAAAGGCUUCUUAACAUGUGUCCUGAAGUGGAGAAGCUCAAUCUAAGUCAUUGCUUAUUUCUAAGCCAUGAUAAACUGAAUGUUCCCGAUGUCCUACAAUGCAACAGGAAGCUUGUGAAACUUGAUUUAACAGGAUCCCAUCGUAUCAAGGAUGAUUUAACCGGAAAUGACAUGGAGUUGGAGGUGUCAGCGUUAGAGAAGUUGAUUGCAACAUUUUCAGGGAUAAACGAUAAAUUGCUUACCAAGUUGGGGAGUAUCUGCCCCAGGUUGAUUCACCUGGAUCUGGAGGAUUGCGAUAAAGUGACAGAAGAAGGGGUAAAGGAAGUGGUGAAAUUGUGUAAACGACUAAGAUACUUGAGCAUAAGUUGCUGUGAAAAAGUGAAUUUCAAUAUAAUACCAUGGAUAGUGACAAAUAGACCAUCCUUGAGAAAACUGGUGUCAUCAUCUCGUGAUUAUCCAGACGACGAAAACCAGAAACUCUUCCUGCAGCAAGGUUGUCUUGUCCUCAAGGAUCCAAACUACCUUUUUAAUUAUGAAGAUGAGUUUUCAUGUAAUCUGCCAUAGUUUGAAAUUGUAUUUUUAAUUAUAAGUACACUAGUCGAUUUUUAUUGCCAUUAACCGUGUCUGAAUGUUUAAUUUCCCCUUUCAUGAUCAUAAUCUAUA